AUGUCAAAUCCUUCAACCAACUCCCUUCCUCAAGACGCCUUCACACCGCAGUUUGAACACGCUUUUGUAAACUGGGUGAAGAACGAAAACUUUGCCUACACCUUCACAGACGAGGAUAUCGAAGCUCGACGCUGGGUUUUGAAACAUGAUGGGGCCUCACCCCCUCACUUCCAAGCACCACAUAACUCCUGGCUUACAAAGGUCCGGAAACAACAUCGUCUUGGGGAGAAUGGGGAAGAAGUCCUCUAUCGACCUUCUCCUGAAGGUGAUCAAUGGUACAAGCUUGUUCCUAUCUCACAAGUUCUCACAGUCAUCAAACGAGUACAUUGUUUACAAACCGCCCACUCAGGACAGAACAAGACUCAUGAAGAGAUUGCUAGGUACUACCGUGGUGUAGGGAAGAAGGAAGUGGUGAAAGCAAUUAAAUCAUGCAAUAUCUGCAUGCUGAAGAUCCUGGUCAAAUCCAACCCAUCACGUCCAGCUUUCCCUUUGAGCGUAUCCAAAUCGAUCUUGUUGAUAUGCGCGCAAUGGAGUGUAAAGUCGGAACAGAAACAAUGCGCUGGAUAUGCCAUAUUAAGGACCAUUUUACAAAGUAUUCACAGAUGGGCCGAUGGACUCCCACAUGUAAUCCGCUCCAUCAAUUUCACAAGACACAGUGCUACACUACACACACCUUAUCGUGCUGUUUUUGGGCGUAAACCCCGUGAAAUUGAUAUGUGGGACACUCUAGAAGGGCGAGACAUUGUGGAAGAGGUUAGGUUGGAUGAUGGCAGGACAGCAAUUGAGGAUGACGAAGAGGAUAAUGAAGGGACACCACUCCCUUUUCGUUGGGAAGAUCAGGAGGAUGAGACGGAAACACCACAGGAAGGGCAAGGAUCUAAUCCGCAGACCACGCUUGAAACAACUCCUCUACAGUCUCCUGCUGAGCCUUCGUCUACCAACCCGGUUCAACAGCUCAUUAUGGAGGAUGAACAUGCACGUCGGAAUCCAACAGCAAGUGACCACAUCAUCACAAAGAUGCGAGAACGACAAGCUCUCUGUCGAGCCAAAAUGGUGGAGCAACAUGGACGCAAUCAGAAGAACUGGACCUACAAAACCGGCGAUAAAGUCACACUGUUUGUUCCUCCUCAAGAUCGGCCAGGUGCUCCUGCUAGUCGUAUUCCUUGUGUGAUACCGGUUUCUCUACAUCUGGGAUGGUCAAAAUGGAACACUUUCCCACAAGUUACAUUGAGAGAAGCAGCAUAUAAAAUUUUUGAUAUCAAGAAGGUAGAAGUGCAUUGCCGCUGUAAAGGGGAAUGUACCACAAAUCGAUGUCGGUGUAGACAAAAGAAUGUCAAGUGCGAAAAAGAAGAGAAGGAGGACAGAGAAGAAGCAGGUGAUCGGUCAACUACCACUUCCAUGACUGCUCCCUCCUAUACACAAGCUGCUCCAAGCUUGGACAAUGACACAAGUUCAGAAAGCGACACUUCGGUACAAAGAAGAGAACAUCGACGGGCGAAUACCCCGUGGCCAGCUAACGAUCAUUCCCUUGAGUCCUGGAGUGACUAUGACGAAGAUGGUGUUCCCUCUUCCUUCUGGCAUGGUCGCUCACCACUUGAUGAAUUCCCCAACUACAUCGCAACACCCGACGAGCUUUGGAGGGAGGAGUCUUGGGAAAUUGAUGGGCAGGUUUGGUCCUUACCUCGACCGCUUCUCCGACUCGCUAGGAAAUACAAGAUAUGGCUUUGGCAUGAACUUGCUACCAUGAUCAUGAGUAAACGGAGAGGUCUCAAUCAGUCUGGGUUUAUGCAAGAGGCGGCAGAACAGAAAGAACGUGUGAAACGGAUCCUACAGGCUCGAGAGGUAUUCAAGGAGAAGUAUGGAGCUGAGCUACAAUUUGACAGUAAUCAUGUCUUUGGUCGGAUAUGGAUGCAAGCGCUGCUUCCAACUUCCGUGGGUGCAAGAGCUUCUUGA